GAGAGACAGAACAUUACAGUGCUUCUUCUUCUUCUUCUCCUUUUGUCUUUUCGUUUUGCCCUGGACGGUUUUCCGUUUUCCUGCUGCUGUCUUCUUAAAUGGAUAACACUAAUGAAAAUGAGCAUUGGAAUUGGCACAGGAAUCCUCGAAUCCAAAAGGAUGCCAAUCACAAUAUAUCUGAAUGCCUGUGGAAUGGAGUGCCUCAGAAUCAAGAGGAUCUUUCCUACAUGUUGGAUGAUGAAACAACCCCAGUUAAGGCUUGUGGAGAUUUGGCCUAUGAGGUCAACCAAAGAGAAAUGUGGGUUUCAGAUAAUCGAAACAAGGAACCAGAAGAACAGAAAGAAUCUUUCUCGCAAGUAAAAAGGCGUCGGAUGCUACAAUUUGACACUGAAGCAAUGGAUUCUUCACUUUCCAGUGAAGACUUAUCGUCUUCAUUCUUGAAAUCAAAUGAGGGGGUUGAUUCAAUUGAGGCUUUGGACGCGGCAAAUUGGGUACAUGGGUUCCCAGAAAUAGAAAAUGCAUCUGCCUCUGGCUAUGAAUGCCUAGAUGAAUCACCGGAUAGGUGGAUUGACGAGUGCUUCAAUGAGCCUGCUGAUAUGCAAUUCAGCCCUGAUCAUAUAAAUUUCCCUGGAGCAUCUGAUGUUCAUCUUGAUAUUACAAAGUUGUGCGACAUUCAACCUGAGUAUCAUGCAAAUGUGUAUCAACAGCGAGUUACUCAAGCACCCCGAAAUAUCAUAUUUAGAGGUAGGAAGUCUUUCAUUCACACUCCCGCUAAAUUGGCUACCUCUGUGGCAUAUCCAUUUGCAUUCAUAAAACCCUCUGGAACCCACGGAGCUGUAACUCUAAAGGAAAUAAACCAGAGGAUCCGCACACCGCCACCUCCAAAAGCAAGGGAAAAAGAGCCUGAACAAUAUCCUACUUCAGCCUUUUCUGGGAAACCUGUUGUUAACAAAACUAAAAUUCGAACUGAAGGAGGAAAAGGCAGCAUUACAAUCAUGAGGACCAAAGGCUAAUAGUUACUGACUUGCCUUUGUGUUGCCUUCUACUUUGCCAGCUAGAUUUUGUGGAUGAAUUUUUCAUGUAAUAUUCUGAAGCGGUCAGGUCUAAAAGUGAAGCUGCUUCGUUUUACCGAGGGAAAUCAUAAAUCACCUCAGUGUAUGUUUCCAAGUAUCUUUUAGGGAUCUAGCUGUCAAUAGUAGUAUUAUACAUUGCAUGACUGAGAAUAGUCUACCAGGGGUACUAAUUUGUUUUUGGUUUCUGAAAACCUUGUUAUGCUUUUUAGGAAUUCCAGUAUAUGCGAACUUGUAUAUCUAGAUUAUGUUUCUGGAUCUUGUAUUUAAGCUGUGAAGAGAAUGGAGGGACUAUCUGAUUUCGCAUG